CCACAACCUUAUCUUUAAUGUUAUCUCUACAUGUUCACCAUUCAGUCUGAUUAUUGUCUUGAAUUCCAGAACAUCGAAACCAGUAAAAAUGAGCGGGGAAAAGAAAGAUUACGUUCAAAGUGUUAUUAAAAGCGACAAGAUCGUAAUAUUCUCAAAAUCCUACUGCCCCUACUGCACAAUGGCCAAGGAAGUAUUCGACAAAAUAAAGGAGAAAUACACCCUCAUAGAACUUGAUGAGAGGGACGAUGGCGAUGAAAUCCAAGGAAUACUGGGCGACUUAACCGGGGCAAGAACUGUCCCAAGGGUUUUUGUUAAAGGAGACUGCCUGGGAGGUGGUUCUGAUGUUAAAGCCUUACUCGAAAAAGGAGAAUUACAGAAAAUUGUUUCAUAAGUAUUAAAUAUGAGAUGCCGUUCCUUAAUUAAUGUUAAAGCUUUUUUAUUGAGACUCUUAAUAAAUUUGUUUGAUUUUAACCUUUUUUUUUAAUAAACUUACCUUGAUACAGGUUUUGAUUAUAUUUGUUCUUCAUAUUUGUCCAAUAAACGUUUUUUAAUCACAAAUACAAUAUUUUAUAC